GGUUUAAAUCAAAGCCAAGUGUGUCGAUGAAUGGAUUUGUUUGUCCACCAAUGACAACAUCUAGAUCCAGAUACUUGACCUAAGACCUCAGUAUCCCACGGACCAUGGAGUACAACAGAGCUCUGGUGUUGUUACUGUGUUUAGCUGCGCACUGUACCGCAUCUGCAAUUUUCUCAAAAGAUGGAAAACUAGCGGACGAAGAACUUUUGGAUAAAUCAGAAGUCAAUGAUUUGCAGCAGAAAGUGGACACUCUUUCAACCGUUAUUCUAUCUAAAGACAACCAAGAAGACUCAAGUUCUUCCCAAGAGACUGAGUCAAGUGAAGAAAUUAAAACCUUUUCAAACGGUACAAAAAGUUCAAGCUCUAGCAGUUCAAGCAGUUCAAGUUCAAGUUCAGAGAGUAACGAGAAAACAAAGGGAAAGAAAGUAGUAAAACGAUCUCUAGAUUCUACAUCCGACUCUGUAAACUCGUUAGGACAAAAUAAUCAGACAUUAAAAAAUAACGAACAAGAAAAAAACAGGACCUUACAUUCAGAGCCAGUUUUACCUGUAGAAGUAGAAAAUCACAAUGAAGAAGAUCCAGAACCGACUGUUGUUGUUGAAACAACCACACAGAAAGAUCCUGAACCUACCACAGAGCCUGAACAGAAUGGCACAACAGAAACCGACCAAGCUGAAACUACAACAGAAACAGAGGCUAGCGAAACGACUGAGACAGCUGAAACCGAUACUCAACCGACCACUGAAACUGAAUCUGAAACAACCACAGAGGUAAAUCCUAGUACCACUCCUGAAUCUUCUUCGACGACUGAAAGUGAAACAUCAGAGAAAACACCUGAAUCAUCUUCAGAAGAUGACGAUGAGGAACUUCCAUAUUACAGCCCAAGCAGCACUGCGACGCCUGAAGCUGCUACGCCAGAAAACAAAGAAAAAUCAAUGAUAGAGUUUACAAUGGACAAAGUGAACAAACUAAGCGACCAGAUAAGGUUGGUUCUGAUCACUUACAAAAAGGUCGGAGAAGUAGUAAUUCCAGGGCAGAGCUUUUUUCCAGAGCCGAUGACAAUGCAAGACUUCAGGCAAUCACUCUCGGUCGGCACGAUGGAUUUCAAAGACAUGAAAGUUUACGGCCUUUCCAAAUUUACGGUGGAACAUAUAAACACAGAUGUGGACAGAAUGCAGGUAUACAUCCUCCUUCACAUGAAGAGAUUGGUGAUUCUCGGCAAUUACACUCUACGAUCGUUCUUCACCAGAGCGGCAGGACCGUUCAAUGUCACUCUUCUCGAUGUAGAUUCAGAAGGCGUUGCUGAGAUCCAAACAGCUGCUGAAGGAUAUCUAGAAGCCGCUGACUCUCAAAUGGACAUGAUUACGAAGGACAUGAGAAUAGACUUCAAAAACCUCGGCUUCUUGGGUUCCAUGUUCCAAGGAGCAGUCAGCGCGGUGGGGGACGCUCUGUUCAACAGCAUCAAACCACAAAUCCUCGAGAGAGUCAACUCAGUCAUCAGAACCGACGUCAACAAGAAACUCAAAGAGUUCUCGACAAAGUUCAUCAACAAAGUGAACCCCGUGGAUUUAGCUUUCUCCGAGGGGCGAAGGUAUUGCAAGAACGCCGGUUACGACCCGUAUAACAUCAACGACCACACCUUCUUGCUUGGAGGUCUGGUGUACGUCAACAUCACAGACUUCUGGGUGGAGGGGUUGUCCCGUUUCCACCGGGUCGGCAAUCUGUCGCUAUCCAUGGACGCGGGAGUGAUUGAAAUCGGCAUUCACGUAAUGACAGGAAAACUCUCUGGGCAGUGUCAAUGGAGUGGACAAACAUUCGGAAUAGUGAAAAGCGGCAAAACCAACUUCACCGUGGACCACCUACAAGUCAGGGCGAUUGUGCACCAAUCUCUGGAUGUAAGGAAGAAACCACAACUGUUCGACUUGGACCUUGAACUGGGAUGGGUAAAGGUCAAGAUGAACGAACCGAUGACACUCACUAUGAUGAUCGAGGGAAUAAUAAACGCGUUCCCAAGACUGAUACGGCACAUAAUAGUCGACACUCUGGAACAACCUUUGAAGGAGAAAAUACAGGAAAUUCUAGAUAAAAUCAACGUAGAAUCAAUCGUCGAUGAAAACCUGCCUCGACUGGAUACCUUCGGCUUGUGAGCUCAGAGAUGUGAUUAGUCAAUUGAUGUGAUUGGUUCAUUAAUCUGUGUGUCAGUCAGGAAACAAACAAUUAUUGUCACUCGUUGAAAUUGAUUGUUGGCCAGAGAAACUAGAACAAGUUUGGUCUACAUUGAACUAGUUUUUUUCUUCUUGGACUUUAUCCUGUAGUGGAACAGUUGGGUAAUGUUUAAGUAAAAGAUUACCAAUCUAAUGAUUUUGUCCAAGACUCAAAAUGGUUAUCUACAUCUAUCUUAAUUAGGUUAAUUAAUCAGUGAAACCCACAAUAAUUUGUUAUUAAAUGUACACUAAAACCAAACCAAGUAACAACAAGCUCAAACAAGUCAAAACAGUUAGAAAAUAUUGUUUUACAUUUCAAAUAUAAUGUAGAAGUAUUCAAUGCUUGUAAACUCUGUAAUGUAGUCUCCAGUUUAUUUUAUUUAAUUGACAUAUUUUUUACGUUAAAGGAAAAACCUGCAGUAUUAUAACAAUGUUAGUAGUGAUUUUAAACAGAAGGGUUGAAAAACAUAAAUUAUAAAAAGUGUAUGGAUAAAAAUUUGUGCUGUACAGUUAUGAUAAAGGUAAACCCCAUUUUCAUGUAACACGCCAAAAUAAAGUAUGAUAAAAUAGGUUGUUAACUAA